UGGAUCAGAUCAGUUGCGCUCGCCUGUUUCGUCGUCGCGGAUGUGCGUGUUUGAUUGUUUUCGGUGGGAGAAGAGUGCGUUACGUUUUGCGGUUUUUCACGCGUCGUGCCGAUCGGGUUUUAUUCCAUCCAAUGUCCGAACGAAGGUUUGGACGCCACAAGCAGUGAACGGUAAAAGUGGCGGAAUUUCUGUUUGUUGACAGUUUGAUGCGUGCGACAUCUUUCUGAGUGCCGGUGUUUUUUCUACAAUAAAAAGUGAGCGAAAAACAAUAAGCAGAUCUGUGUUUAUGAAAUCAAAGCGUUUUUUUUUUGCACGAGAGAAUCCAAGACUGACCAUACAAUUUAAACUUGCAAUACUUGGUCUAUCUAACGGAGAAGACUGUCUGCAAAGUCGUCGUCGUCGUCGUCGUAGUCUGGAAUGCACCACCAGAAGCCCCGUACAUGGUUGGGCAGCUGAUUUAUUGUGUUUAAUUAUCGCUGCUGGACCGACCGCUGCCUGGCGGAACGUGACGUCGCGCCGCUAAGAAUCACGAUUCUCCUUCGAGACUUCGAGCCCAGAAAGAAGAAACCGGCAAAAUAUUUGCGGCAAGUGCUUGUUUCCGUUUGAGGUGUGCGCUUUGUCGAUAGAGCGAAAGAAAAGAAGCGGGGGAAAAAUGAGCUAUUCGAAGCCAGUAAGCGUGGCCAAUAGAAAGUAGAAAAUGAUCAACAAGUGCAUUAUGGUGAAGGGAAUUCUGAAGAAACAGGUGGAAAUCAUGCGGUAACGAGAAGCAAGCAGAAAAGAAAAGCAAAACGAGCAAGAAAAAAGUGCGUAUAUAGUGAAUUAAAUGUAGUUAAUGUGAGUGGUGAAGAGAAGGGCGACAAAAAAAAAAGUUGUGAGCGAAAGAAGCCGAAGCUGAAGAAAAAGACUGACUUCUGGUUAAACGCGGUCAAGUUCGAGAAAGUCAGACACAAGCUAAAAACCGCACACACAAACGAGAGAUGAAAGAGAAAAGAUUGCACUUGUCGAUCGUUGCAUCGCCAAAAAUGCAUGCCCCAGUUUUGGCGUUGGCACUUCUGUGUCUUUCAACAGCAGCUGAAGCCGCUCAACGGCAACCGGUCUACAUUAACAAGUGCUGUCGGGUUGGCGAGUAUUACGACGAUUCGCAGCAACUGUGCGUAGUCGGUGGCCUCAACAAAUGGGUUCCGAAGGUGUUUCUCCCGGCGAAGAAGCAAAUUUACACCGACGUGGGUAAUGCUCCGGUUCACAUGAAAUUCCUGGAGAACAAAAGGCCCGAGGGCUGCAAAGUCAUUGCGUACUCCACCGACCAGAUUCUGCUCAUGGGUAACGGAUCGUUGUUUCUGAGUCAGAAACAUGCGCUCAUAUCGUCACCGGAAUACUGCGUGGACGAGAAAGUGGCCCUUGUAUGUGCUCGAGACAAUGGAAUGGAUUCGCUUCAAGCACCGGAGAAAACCAGUUCCGUUUGGCGGUGUUGCGGUCCCAACUUUGCCUACGACCAGGCAAACCAAACCUGCGUCAAGCUGGACCAAUCGCAUGUGAGUUAUGGCGCGAAAAUCGUUUCGUCUGCGCAUGUGGAUCUGAGUUUCCGGUUUCCGGACUGUAAGGAGCACGUGAUAGCGGGCAUUUUCAAGCCGGACAAUCUGCAGGAGGACACCGGCUCGGUGACGAUCGAUUCGGGCAAGAUCUUUGCCUCGCACGAGUACUGUCUGGAGCAGGGGCUGGACGGGAAGACGGUGUACGUGUUUUCCUGUUCGGAGCAUUUGCAGCCGGAUUCGGUGCCGAUCAAGAAUCAGGACGUCCGAUUCGCUCUGUACGCGGCAGGUCUUCUCGUUUCGGUGAUAUUCCUCGGAGCGACUUUGGCCACCGGCUACCUGGUAACUUCGCAGCAUCACGUACUGCACUGGCGCUGUCAGACGCACUACGUAGCGUGUCUGCUGAUUGGUGACCUCUUCUUGGCCAUCGUCCAGCUGUCCGGAAACACGAUAACCGGUCCGGCCUGCACAAUGAUAGCUAUCAUCGUCCAUUUCUUCUUCCUGGCUGCCUUCUUCUGGCUGAAUACAAUGUGUUUCAACAUUUGGUGGACUUUCCGUGAUUUACGCCCGACGUCGCUGGAGAAAAGCCAGGAGAUUUGCCGACUGCGGAUCUACGAGGUGUACGCCUGGGGUGUACCGCUGGUGAUUGCCGGAGUGGCAGCGAUUUUGGACAACCUGCCCGACACCGUCUAUCUGAGGCCGAGAUUCGGUGAACGGACUUGUUGGUUCUACGGUGAUCUGGAGAUACUGACCUACUUCUUCGGGCCGGUUGGAAUUCUGCUGUGCAUCAACUUGCUGCUGUUUGCCUCCACCGCCCGGCAGUUGACCUGUGGUCUUUGGAAACGGGACGAUGUCAAGUCCACCACCGAACGCCGCGGUCUGGUUUCUUCUCCCUCUUACAGCGCUGCCCUCGGUCGUGUCUGCAUGAAGCUGGUGGUCGUCAUGGGCGUCACCUGGGUUGCCGACGUGGCUUCCUGGGUAUUUGGAGGACCGGACUACAUCUGGCUGGUAACGGAUCUCAUCAACGCGUUGCAGGGGGUGUUCAUCUUCAUCGUCGUCGGCUGUCAACCGCAGGUCUGGUCCGCAAUAAAGCGCCUGUGGAACUCGAAAACGGGUCGCUCGUUUACCAACACCACCCACGGCCCUCAGCACUCCAGCUCCUCGCACGGGCUUCCAUCGAUGGGAGAGUCCAUUACGAAUAACACCUGCACCAACAAUACGACCACAACGACCAACUCCCAGACCAAUCGGGUUCCCAUGGAAACGGUGUGCUAGAUCAUCGCAGAAUCGGACGAACCAAUCGCAGCAAGCGCGAAAGGUAACACAACCGUUCGAUCCAAGGAUGCCUAAGAUUUCCCUAAGAAUGGGAAUGAAUGGAUUUUUUUUUACUGAAAAGAAAUCGAAUUUUGACUGUAGGCUAGAUGCUUCCACUAAUAACAGCAGUUUUUUGAGAAAUUUAGAACGCAUUUACAGCAAUACUGCCAAUAAGAGUAUAGUUCAGUGUAAACGAGAAAGUAAUGUGGUUGGAUUAAAGAAUUGCAAUCCGGAGAAGAAACUUGACGAAUGGAAGUAUCUUUGUUCAUUUUCCUGUAAAUAUUUGUUUUUGAGAAGCAUUUGCUUCGUUUACUGUAGCGCUUUCUGUAUAUUUCUGAAAUGUGAUCGCUUAUGUUAAUCCUCUUUUCGUUUUCUAUCAGCAAAAUUUAAAGCUUUAAUUAGUAAGAUAAUCUUAGUCCUUUCGUUUUUCGUUAUUAUUCUCUGACGACUUUCAUUGGUUUCUAGCGAAACAGCCAAAUUUAAGUUAAAACACCCUUUUUUGCGAGAACAAAUUCGUUGAAUUCAGCCUUCUUUCCUUACUUACCUCUUUUGUGAUCUAUGUUCAUUACUGUUAUGUGUAAAUAAUGUAAUAUUUAUUCAGUGUAUUUGGUCUAAGAAAUGUAUGCCUCCACAAAAUGCAGCCGAUAAUGGACAAAUGCUAGGAUAAACGACUGAUCACGUAGCAUAUAGUACACUUAGCAUUAACCAAGCCAGGGUGAAUCAAAAAAGAUAUUCGCCUAUCUUUUUAUGUCGCAAUUUUUUGAGGUGUAGCUAUCGAGUAGGAGAGGAAAGUCAGUUCAAGCUCCCCGCGUGUUUUGGAACCAUUUUAAACAGUCGUUAGUAUUUCGGGAUUUUUAGGUGUUUUAGAAAAAUAUACGAUGUCCAAAUUAACAGCUGCUAGCAGCGUCCCUGAUUAAGUCGAUAAUAAACUCGUAGGAAACGAUCAAUAAUACAAAGUCCCACCGGUGACGUCAGUCGUAUGAAUAAACAUCUAAAUUCAAUAUUCUCAACGGAUGAAAUUCUGUCGUAGUCGAACAAAGUACAAUAUCUAGAAGCUGUAAUAAAACACCACUCUGUCUCUUUACUAGUCGGAAAAAUGAAACUCUUAACAGUAUAUAACUCGCUACGCGAAAUCAUCUCCUCUUCUAGUAGCUAUUUAAAUUCGUUCGCUGUUUGCCUUUUGACUUCGAGUUUAGACCAAUUUCAAUCGCUUCCAACAAUCGAACGCAUCUUCAAUCAACUCAUACAUACAAUACAUACAGUAUUUGCAAUCGCUGGAGGUAACAAUUAGUGUAGGAUUCGUGUAUUACACAAAGUGCAUAUAUAUCAUGAAGAAUUUACAUAACACACGCGCUAUGACUAACUUUUAACGGCCAACAUAGGAGAAGAAUGUAUGUAUUCACAAAUUUGCAUUAUACUGAACAAAAAAGGUAUACAUAUUAGAUUGUAGAACUUGUAAAACUUUAACAAACCUUCGAAUUAGUGCGCUACAAUACACUAUAUAGUAACAGUUUUAGACAGAAACACACAACCUAACUAGACGCUCUAAGCACCCUAAGCAGUAGACCAAAAUCGAAGCAGACUCGAAUGCAUACAAAGUGAACAAUAAUUAGUUCGAAUAAUUAUUAGUAAUAGUGUUUAGUUUCCGGAAUGGAUGCGCCGCCGGUGUCCAAAUAAAAUCUACAAUCCUGAAAA